GCGGGGAGCUGGCGGAGGUGAGCUGAGUUCCGGGCUUCUGCUACCUUGUCCUGUCAACACCGGAGAGCUGGAGCAGCCGUCAGCAUGCAGCCUCCUCCUAGGAAAGUGAAAGUAACACAGGAGGUGAAGGUUCGAUUUGUGGAGCAGCUGUCAUGUCUGCAGAACAAGCAGCAGCAAGACACUGAACUCCUGGAAGACAUCAGAUCCUUCUGCAAGCAGCGUGCCGCUAUAGAAAAGGAGUAUGGUCAGGUGAGACGGAGUGACUUGUGUAAUCAUUUUGGAGGUAUUACAGACAUGGAGGCUUUACAGAGGUUGGCAAGUCAAUAUCUUAAGAGAGAUUGGCAUCGGGGAAAGAAUGAAACCAGUGAAUGCAGGAGCGUGUUUUCAGUGUGGAAGUCUAUGAUGGAAGGAACAGCAUUUAUAGGACAAACCCGAGUCACAGCUGCAGAGAAUUACAGAAAUUUGACAACGGAAACUGCAAAAACAGCCAGAAAUGCAAAGGAACAGCUCUUGAAAAAGAGCAUAGAGCAGCUCCUGAAAGUUCAGAAUGAAUUACUGGACACUGUGAAAGAAGUCAGCAAAACCAAGAAGCGUUACGUCCACAUGGAACGUGUCAGUGAAGUGGCAAAAGAGAAGGCUGCUGAUGCUGAAGCCAGGUUAAAGAAGAGCGACCAUGGAAUAUUUCACUCUAAAGCAAGUCUGCAGAAGCUCAGUGCCAAGUUUUCAGCACAGUUGUCGGACUGCACACAGCAGUUGGCAGAGGCACGGAAUGAAUACCUUUUUGCCUUGACUGCUGCAAACGCCCAUCUCGAUCUUUACUACCAGUCUCACCUGCCAGACAUCAUGAAGGUAUUGGAUGGGGAUCUUUAUGAGCGCUUGCGAGAUUAUCUUUCGCUGAUCAAUAAGACUGAACUCAGUACCUGCAGAUCCACUCAAGAACGGUUCCGUGACACCCUGGAGGCAUCUCUUCAGGUUUCCCGGCAGCAGAACUUACAACUGUUCCUGAAAGAUACCAGUGUUUUUUCCCAAACACCCAUUCAGAAAUUCCAGCCCGCAGGGGCGGACAAGACCCGUAAGUUAGUGACACUUGUUAAAGUGCCAGAUGAAAUGAAUGUCUUGGAUAAGGAGGCACGUAGAUGGACAAGUAGAUCUGCACGAGAUUACAAGCUGAAGACACAUGCGGAAAGGGUCCUUCAAAGAUUAGAAGACAGGCGGAAGAAUGCUUCGGAAGAGGAGGUCCUCAGUAUACUCCAGAAAAUAGAGGAAGUAAAAGAAAAUGUGCGGAAAGCUGAGGUCAGUAAGGUAAAAGCUGAUGCCCGUGUGGAGCUGCUACGCCAUGUUGGGGUAGAUGUGGACACCUGGUUGUCUGGCGCAAUGACACAAGCUAAUGAAGAACUAGAACAAGAGAGACGUCUGAGUGAGGCCCGGAUGUCUAAUGGAGAGAUGUCUCCCUCUAUGGAAGACUUUGAUUUCUCAGAGUUUGAGGAUAUGGAUGAUGAUGGUGAAAUAUUUGAAGAAUCCCCUCUUAACCUGAGUGGCAACCGUUCAUAUCCAACGCCAUGUCAUGUGCUGCAUAACUACACGGCUGCUCUGGGAGAUGAACUGACCAUCACUCAAGGCGAAAGACUGGAGGUCAUUGAGGAUGGAGAUGUGGAGGAGUGGGUAAAGGCUCGGAACAAAAAUGGACAAGUGGGUUAUGUCCCAGAAAAGUAUAUUACUUACAUGAACCAGAGGGUUGUAGAAUCUUUGAGGGCUGGUCACAUCGAAGGACUUUCUGGAGCACAGUGCCUCUCUGGGAUUCUGGAGCUGGAACGUUCUGAUGCUACAGUUCUGCAGAUGUUUGGGAUCAGCUUGCUAUGAUGGAAAGCUAGAUCCAGCAAACUUGUCUUUCCUCACCUCCUGCAAGAACAUAGUCUGGGAGAAGGAUCCAAGGUGGCCAGAUGUUGUACAAAGCAAGAACUACCCCCUAUGGAAGUCUAAGGGGAUUGAUUCAAUUGGCCAGCUGUACCAGGGUCAAACUCUUCUAGAGUUUGCCUCUCUCCACAGGUCCUUUUCUAUUCCCAACUCUACCUUUUACCAAUACCUGCAGAUACAACACUAUCUGAACACAAUGUGUCUCAUCAACACUGCAAGCCCCUCUUUCCCGCUCCACCUCUUAUUCUCUGACAAAGGUCUAAACCUUGAAGGACUCUCCAUAAUCUACUCUGAACUCCUGUACCCUAUGCAGGGAUCAAAAGAUCCAUACAUGCUCAAAUGGGAAGAGGAAUUAAACAAAUCCUUCCCUCUGGAACAAUGGAAAUCUGCCUUAUAUUGGUCAAUUAAAUGCUCUCACUGCAUUAACCAUGCUGAACAGAGUAGAAAGAUUCAAUUACGUUGGUAUUUGACACCGGACAGACUGUCCCACAUAGUCCCGAACUACUCUUCCCUCUGUUGGCACAAGUGUGGUUCAAGGGGCUCCCCCUCUCAUAUGUGGUGGUUCUGGACGCCCACACUCCCUUGUCUCCAGAGCUGGCGAUUCUGAGCAUUUGUCUAGAUGGCAUUCAACUAUCCUUCCGAUGGUUAUUGUCACAUAUCCUCACGGCCACACGCAAGGUAAUAGCGAGACAUUCAAAACAAUCUGUCACCCAAAUGGUAAACUUACGUAUGAUGUAUGAGCUGGUUUUUGACCCUCCUUACAAUCCAGGAUAAGAGCACACAACCAAUGGCUGAUGUGGCUUUCUAGAGCCCACACCACUCCGCUGCCGACCGCCUUACUACAAAAGAAUGUUGAAGGGCUUAUUAGCCCGGGUGGAGGCCCUCUUUACAGAUCACUCUGUGGAGGCUGCUCUUAAAACUGUCUAUGCAAAGUAUUCCAGUUUCAUGUCUUAUACUGUAU